AUGAACCAUAAACAACUACGAUGGCAUAUACAACCUAAAGCACCAAUCGUUCAAAACAUUAGAUCCGUACUUGCUACCUCUACCAAUCUUUUGUUUCGAACAGUGCUACGAGGGAUAUCUCAAAAAUCUGAAGCUUCCUUGAACGCAGCUGAAUCACAAAGUGAUUCAAACAAGGCUCGAAAGAGAGAACUUGCAGUUAAAAAGUCGGAUGCUAUAUUCAGCGCUGUCAAGCAAAAUGUUCCACAAGAAAAAGUGAAAAUCAUUUAUCGGAAUAGCAGCGACAAGAACCUUCAAAAGCUUGUAGAAAAUAGUCCAAUUGCACAUGAAAAAAGCCAACCCCGUUAUUACGGCAUCGCGGUAGAACUGGAUGUCAAAAAUUAUCUGAAAAAUCUCGUGAACCAAUUAGGACUGGACAACACUAUUUUCGAAACUCUUGUAAGGAACCAGCGAAUCCCUCCUGAACAUCACGUCACUUUAAUUCAUGCCGCGGCACUCCGUAAAAGUAGAUCGCGAGAAUUUCAAGAAUUAUGGGAAAAAUACAGAAACAUGGUUGAUAACGACUAUAAACUAUGCAGAGUCGAAUUGUAUGUCGAUAAGAUUGUUUACAAUUCACAAAUAAUGGCAUUGGUGUUACGAGAAAUUGAUCCUCCAGAAAUAACAAGCAUUAAUAAGAUCCCCCAUAUUACUGUUGGUACUAUCAAUGAUAGUGUCAAACCGGUCGAAUCAAAUCAAAUGUUAGAAGCUGCAUUGCUUGUAGUUAAUGGCAAGGGUAAAAGACAAUCAGAUGUUCAGAUCAUACAACUGGAAAGGGAUCUUCAUGUCUUCGGAACUAUCAGAGGUUUCUAUUAA